AUGUCAAGAAAGGCACCUAGAAGAAAGCCUCCACCUUUAGAAACGGAGAGGGAGACAAAUCGCAGCAGCUUUCACGAAAGACAGUCUGUACCAUACCCAGAACUGGGCCAAUUCUCAAGUUCAUUUCCCGCACAGCAUGUUGAUUACAGAACCAAUGAAUUACCCCACUCGGUGCCUACCCCUACAGAGCCAUCGUAUGACGCUGCAGAGAUUUCUUUUGAUGAAUCCUUCACUUCAUUCGACUCGCCUAAACCGAAAGGUCCAAAGGAGAUUUGGGAGUACGAUCUGAUAAAUACUCCCUCAAAGAGUAUAUAUUCCCCACCAUCGAGACCCACCCAUGCUAGUAUACAAAUUAGUCGUAUUCUACCGCAGCGAAGCUAUCAACAAAUGUCGAGGUCCCAAUCAAGUCCAAAUGUGUUGAAACGCAAAUCCCUAGAUUCAACGCUACCUUAUCCCGUGCUGGUGGAAGCAGAAAUCCAUGAUGCACCGCCAUAUCCUACGCGACUGAUUGAAGACUUUUUGGACGAUGAUUUUGAUAGUAGUUUUGCAUAUGACAUUGACUCACCGUCACAAAGACGAACAAAGGCAAUUAUAGACGAAACGGUUAGUACAUACUCGCCAAAGAUAAACGAUGUUCCAAACUUGAGCACAAGGAGCUCGCAAUCAACAAUUCCCAUACAACAGAGACAAAGCAUAGACUCCUCCUUUAUGGAUCUGGAAGGUUCAUCUCCAACAUACACACCCAACAGGAGAUCAUCCAUGUAUUCUUAUCCACAAAGUCGGUCUCCAUCACCGAAAAGACCUGAUCAAGGUGGUUACUUUGAUAAGCCUAUCCUUAUGUUGAAUGAUCACAUUGAAGAUAUCGAGGAACCACAGGACUCGUUAUACUCGAAACAUCACCCUGGAUCGCCGUAUAGAGUGGUUUCGGAUAAUCCAUUUUAUGACGAAGAAGAAGAAGUUUACAAUUAUGAAUCGCCAGUAACUGAUUACUUUGAUUAUUCCUUUUUACCCGAACUACCACCAAGUCGCGAAAUUAGCUCAACAAGUACUGCACCCCCGUUACCUUCAGGCUCGCCUCCACCAGUCCCCCAAAAAAUACAAGAGUUACCACCCCUUCCUUUGGAACUUCCACAGCUUCCAUUCAGCUCGUCUGCUUUACAAGUACAGCAUUUUGAAAUUUGCUCCAAUGUGUGGUCCUUAUCUAAUUUGUUUCAAUGGUGUUGCAAGUUACAAAUCUGGUUGAGCGAUCUGACGAUAUCGAAGCAGGAGUUGAUAAAAGCAAUUACAAGAUUGAUUGCGUUUCACCGAAGUGACGUAUCUCUUGAUGAUGUGAUGCACAACUCCCAAAGAGCUUUCAAUUCUUUUUUACUGGCUCGAGCGAUUGAAGUAAUGGAACUACACAGGCCAAAUGCUAAUGGAGAUCGAAGUGUUGUUGUAUUCGACGAUAAGGUGUAUGUAAAUGGUGUACUUCCUGAGCUACUACAAUGUUAUACUACAAUCCCUCACACUAAAGAUGAAGAGGUAACGUGUUACUCGACAAUUUGUCCUUUCAGUCGAAUGAUGAAUCUUGAGCGGAAGAUGAGAAGCAUGAACAUCAAGGAUAUCGUGUUAGCCCCAGAUUGGGCCACACAUUGGCGAUUAACCAUCGAUGAUUUGCGUGAUUUGGACACCAACAUGAUUAAGCGACAAUCAUUAAUUUUUGACUUGUUGCGGUACGAACAGACUUUUAUACAGAGAGCUAGAUGCUUUGUCGAUGUAGUUGGUCCGCUGUUUGCCAAAGCUGCAAAGGGAUUUUUGGGACUGAACAAUUCCAAGAUAAAAGUGUUUGAAGAGAAAGUUAUUAAAACCGGUGCAUCUAUUGUUGAAAUACAUCAAAACCAGUUGUUUGAACCAUUGUUGAAAGUGCUUAUAGCAGAGGGUAAAUUUAUCAAAAACAUGAUUGAAAUUGUCAACAUUUACAUUGAUUGGGCUAAAGAAGUGCGGCCAUAUUUGGUGACUUAUAUGAAUAACAUGCCAAUGAUUGAGGAACUUCUUGGAAUUCCCAAUUUGAAAACGUAUGUGGAUCAACGUAUUGGGCAAUUGCCGCGAGUUAAAAAAUUGAAAGUUAAUGUGCCAAUUUUGUUCAUUAGUACAUUCAAUUCGAGGUACCAACAAAUUCCGUUGCAAUUGUUGGACAUUCAAAAGAGAUUUGACGAGCAUGAACCGGAGUACUUUUUGUUGAAACAAGCGAGUGAUGAGAUCAAGAAAUUGGGGUCAAAGAUUAACGAUUCAAAGAAGCUUGCCGAUAAUGUCCACGCACUUGAGCAGUUGAGGACUCAAUUAUACUGGAAAUCAAGUCUUCGUCAGAAGAACUUGAAUCUUGGAUCCAUCAAUAGGAAACUUAUUUGUCGCGGAGAUCUCACUCGACGAAGCGAUCUAAAGAUUACUUCCCAAAUCAAUCACGUUAUUCUCUUGGACAAUGUUAUUCUCAUCACCGAACGUUUAAAAACUCCCAAACCUAAUGGGAAUCAAUACAAGAUUUGCGAGGAUCCAAUACCAAUUGAUUUUCUUUCGUUUGAGGACCGUGUAAUGACGCCAUCGACAAUCAAACUUUCGUCAUCACCAAUUACUAAAACAGCACACCAAGAGGAAGAGGAUUUCAAAUAUGGCAUAAAAUUACGUUAUGCUGGGAGACCGAGACACUCGUAUCUAUUCAUUUGCAAAACUGAGCGGGAAAAAAAUGACUGGAUCAAUUACUUAACCAUGGCAAGGGAAAAUAUGAAUAGACGACUCUUAAGCACAAAAAUGUACCACGCGAAAGCCAUAUCAUCAACUUGUUUUGCCUAUGAAUUUGGAAGUCGCAUCACAAAGUUGCCUGUUGUGGUACUGAAUGAUACAAUUCAUGACCUUUGCCGCACUUCAGUCGAAAAGAUGCAAUCGUUGGGACUGGAUGACAUCUACAGCCCACAAUUUCCUAGAAGCAGAGUUGUUCAAAGUAGUGUUCAGUGUUGUACUGCUUUUGAGUAUAUGGAUUUGAAAUUCACCUUUGUUGGGCUACAUUCUGGAUUAUAUUGUUGUGAAUCAAAGAGCCGAUGGAGGAAAGUACUCAGCGGUGGCGAUUUCAACAAGAUUCAUGUCGACACUAGUAUUGGGUUGGUUAUCAUUUUAAGUGAUAAGGCCCUACGCUACUAUUUCCUUCGUCAAAUGCUUGAUGUUUACACGGGAACCCGAAGAGAGAUUGUUGGUACCUCUCUUUCAAAAGACCCUGUAUUGUUUUUCUCCAUGGCGUUGCAUAAGAAUAUCCCAAUGUUAUUUUUUGCAAAGAAGAAGUUGAAUGUCACGUCAUUUAAGGUGCUUAUUCCGGAAAUUGAUAAUAAUGGAAUAUUCAGUCGAUUCAAAGAUGAUCGAAAGUUUUACAUUGAAGCAGAGUGUUUUGGUAUCUCCAUUUUCAAUUCUUCAUUUGCAUUACAUACAGACAAAGGCUUUGAAGUUAUGGAAUUGGACAAGUUGAUGCCACGAUCAGUACCUGAUUUGCCACAAAUUGAGACUGAACGGAAAAAGUUGGACCAAUUCUCUCGAAAGACACCUAGUACCAUGCUUGAAACCAUAAAGAAACUAGUCACCUCAUCAAAUUCCAUACCAAUGGGGAUGUUCAAACUUACCAACAAUACCGAAUUUCUACUUGUCUAUUCUGAAUUUGCUAUAUUCAUCAACAAACAUGGCAAAUUAUCAAGGGAAACAGCUUUGAUAUUCGAUUUCAAAGCUCAUUCCGUCCAUUUUGUUGAUAACCAUUUGUUUUUAGUGAGAGAAGAUAUCAUAGAGGUAUUGUCGAUCUCCGAUUUUGCCAAAGGUGCAAACGAUUUAGUGCAAGUAAUCACUGGAAAGGGACUACUCUUGGUAUCAGACGACAAAGACGUAAGUUUUGUUAUGGCAAAUCCAUUAGUUUCCGGGCUACAAUUGCUAUUUAAUUUAGUACCUACAUAG